AAUAACCAUCAUAUCUCGCAUCUCACAUCUCACACUUUACCAAUCAUGUUUCGUUCCAUUUCCAAAGGUCCAGUCGAUCCAGUUUUCAUCCUCAGCUCAAAAGUCAAAGCCGAUGAAUCGCCCUCGAAGAUCGACCUCGGUGUCGGCGUAUACAGAAAUGAGCAGGGACGAUACAAUGAGCUUGGCGUGUUGAAGCAGGCGAAGGAGAUUCUCACAAAGCUGGAAUUAGGUCACGACUACGAAGUUACAACAGGAGAUGCAGAAUUCGUGGAGAACGCAAGCAGAAUCUUAUUUGGCGCAGAAUCUGAGGCAGUUAAGACAAGGCGAAUUGCUUCUGCUCAAGCCAUUUCAGGAACAGGGAGUAUCCAUCUUGCUGCUCUGUUCUUGAGUCGAGCCGAAGAAUUCCGGGGGAAGAAGGUAUACAUUGGAACGCCAGCUUGGGGCAACUACGAGCCACUCUUCAACCUGGUUGGUUUCGAAGUUGUCAAAUACCGACACUAUGAUGCGGAGCGUGGUACAGUCGCAUUCAGUGAUCUUCUCGACGCGGUCCAACACGCCCCCGAUGGCAGUAUAUUCGUUCUCCAAGGUUGCUGCCACAACCCUUCUGGCGCAGAUUUGAGCAGGGAACAAUGGCAGACACUUGCAAAAGCUAUGAAGCCCAAACGCCACUUCCCAUUCUUCGAUAUGGCCUACCAGGGCCUCGGUGGACCUCUCGAGGAUGACGCUUUUGGACUGCGUCACUUCGUCGAGCGCGGUUUCGAGUUACUGGCCUGCCAGUCAUUCUCAAAGAACUUCGGCCUCUAUGGCGAAAGAUGUGGUGUUUUGCACAUUCUAACAGAAAAGGAGGCAGUUGCCGCCAAUGUGUAUGAUCAGUUGAGGUGCUUGAUCAGGUGGGAGUUCUCUUCCAGCCCAGCAUACGGCUCCAGACUAGUGAACACAGUACUGAAGGACAACACUCUCACGUCGCAGUGGCAGGAAGAGCUGGUAGUGAUGCGAGUGCGACUGGUUAGUUUGAGGAGGGCAUUGCAUGACCUGUUGACGAAAGUACAGAAGACACCAGGCAACUGGGACGCAAUCCUUACAUCGACCGGCCUCUUCUGCUUCCUUCCUUUGACUCCACAACAAUGCGAGACGCUUGGUACUAAGCAUCACAUUUACAUGCUUUUAAGUGGUCGCAUCAACGUCUCGGGCAUGAAUCAAUCGAAUGUCGAGAGGAUAGCGCAGGCUAUCGAUGAGGUGGUCCAGGGCACACGCUCAUCCCGAUUGUGAGCCGCAAGCGAGCUCAGCUGAUAACAUCUUUGCUGGGUUGAUGCGCAUGUGAUGCCAUGUUGCAGGUUGGUGGCGUAAGCUGUCGGGGAGGAACCCGUUAGAUUCGGAGGGCUCCCGAGUUUCUGGGCCGCAUUCUGUCCGUAGAACCCGCCAACCGAUCAUGCUGC